AUGACUCCCCAUUAUCGUCUCCCCGACGCAUCACAGUCCACCUCGAGGAUAGUGGCACCUCACCCUCCUCUCUAGGUCUGCAGUGGCGGCCUCUACCUGUUCACUCAAAUCACCAGUUCAUGUAGAUGCCAUUCAUGCCCUCAUGACCCCCUAUGACAACUCCGGAUGUCUAUCGAGAUGCGGAAUACAUCGCUGACGUAUCCGGCAUCCCGUAUGGAAGCGUCGCGGACCUCACUGGGCCGCAGUCUGGUGAUGAUGGCCGCUUCAAGAAACUGCAGUCGGCAGCGAAGGUCGCGUUUAUCGAUCGGUUGCUCCGCGAUCUCGAUAUCUUGAUUUACUGCCAGCUAUCUGCACUGUAUUACAUGGAUUGCUCAAUCAUACUGUUUGCGAUCCGUGCUAUUGUGCAGCUGAUAUUCUUCACUCCCAAGGCACCUCCAUUUGACCCGACGCGGAAUCAACCAUUUAUCGGGGCUAUCUUCGCCAGUAAUGUAUUCUGUAUGAUCCACCACAAGUUUUUCGAUCAACCGGAGGCUGGAGAAGCAACGAGAGGCUAUCUGCAUGGGGGAUUGUUGAUAGAUUUUAUUGGACAAAAGGCUCCCGUCUCGGUAGCCCGGCUUCUAAUGUCGGACCUGCUCGUGCUGUUCCUCGACCUGGUGAUGCUAGGUCUGAUUGUUGAACGGGUGAAGAUGACUGAAGUGACUGCUCCCCUGUCCACUAUACCGGGUGUAAUAGAGACACCCAGCGAUCAGGAUCAUGAUUCCGAGGAGCGCGGUGUUCUUCGAAACAACUCGGCUCAGCCUGGCGAUGACAUAGAGCUUAAUGAGAUGCGUCCACCCGAUGAGCAUACGGAUAACAGUACGGACGAGCAGUUGGAGCGAACGGAGCUACUGGCGGAUCCUUCAGAAAGCGGGCGUGUAUCUGGCGCUAGGAAUAGCCACGCCAUGGAUGCUUUUGCGUCAGGGGAAGCAGUUAUCAUGGACCUUGGUAUCUUUAACAUCAUUCGGGAUCAAUGGCGUCAUAGUCCGGCUGCGGCAAGGCGAACCUCUGCUUAUAUGCCCUCCGACCAGACGGCUACUUUUCUUCGAGAACGCUUUGGACUGCAGGUCAACUCCGAGGGACGCCUCGAGAGGGUAACGACAUGAUUCGUUGUACUCUUUUUUAUCUUGUACGUAUUGACCUUGGAUUCUUACUGGCUGUAACAUGUGUAAAUAUUAUAUCAAUACAUAACCAAUCCUGAAUACUCUUGACGUUCC